AUGGAGGGAGGAGGGGCAAGGAAACGAAUACAACCCAUUAAAUCAAAAUCACCACCAAGAAGAGGGGCUGGUGUCUGUGGACACGGAGAGAGAUGGGGUAAUUAUCUUCUUCUAGUGAGUUGAGAUCUUGUUCAUCUUCUACCCCUGGAGUUGGGAGUUUUCGGGGAUGGCGGGGGUUGGGGAUCACCUCUCUCCUUAGCUUCUUUCCAUCGAACCCACCUCUCUCCUGGAUCAGGUGACGUGGGGCCUUCUCAUAUCCACUACUUCACUGCUCAGCUGUUGUCAGACGCAGUACUUUCCUCUGGUAAUGGCCGUUUGCUUGUUCUCUGGCUGAUUCUUUGUCUGGGUAUUCUUUCAAGAUGGUCAGCGUGAGAUUGAGAGCUGACUUUUGAACAGGUUUUGAUGCGAGGUUAGAUUCCUCCUGCUGGUCAUCUGCCCUCCUAUACUGAUCACUUGGGUUCUCACUCCACCGACUCCCCUGCUUUUUCUUAUUGUUAAUAAAAUUUGGGCGCACCGUCUACUUUCCAGUUUUAAUGGGGUUGACUUGGGCUGGUCACUGGGGAAAAUAAAUGUAUAUGACGUAAUGUAUGAUGCUCAAGCAGAUCCUAAUUGGAUUUAAUUUUCCAUGAUCUUAAGAUACUAGCAAAAAUAAAUGUAUUGACUUCUUCCUCUUGGUGGCGUAGGGAGGUAUCUGGGCCCGGAAAAGCUGACUUUUGUGCCCUCCCUCUCUCUCUCUCUCUUUCUCUCUCAUAUCCUCAGCCGCUUUUCUUUGACUUUCGUUCUUCGUCAAGUGAAUGGGUCAAGGGAGAAGUCACGGUUCCAUUGGCGCAUAGAAAGCCAACAGUGCAAGUCUACUGUAUAGUUUGGGCUUUUGUAAUUUGGGCCAAACGAGCUUGCCUAUAUUGGGUCGGGCUGAAGCGAGGUACUGAAAGUUUUUUUGGCGUUUGCAGAGGGGAAGGAACUUCUCCGUUUAGUUGAUGCUUAGGCUGUUCUCUCUCCUCACUCUCCUCACCCUGACGGCCCGUAGAACCCCGAUUCCCCUGAUGGCCGCCACUGUGGCAGGGGGGCCGUCUGCCUCGUCAUCUUGCUCGUGUAGAUUAGCGGCGCCGAGGAGACCCGCCGGAGUUUCUCCGAAGGUGGCGUUUCGGCGGCGACCGCCGCAGGCCUUCGCGACUCCCCGCAUCAGAGCAGGACUGGCGGAAGAGGACGGGGGGCUAGAGGAUGCUCGGACCUUAGAGACGGGCGCCGGUGGUUUGAAGCUGACUCCGGCGGGUGAUCUUCGCGGGAAGGAGUCUCAGGUUCUCCGAAGUGAGUGGAAAUUAGAGUUUUGAACGACCGUGCAGCACGAGGAUCAGAUAAUGUGAAUGAACUGAGAAUUCUGACGCGCCGCAAGCCUUUCCGCCUGUUGUUUCUGUUCAGUUCUUAGUUUUUUGUGACGAUCUUAUUUCUUUCCAGAGCCUCUGUCGAUAACGGAUCUGUCUGGUUCCGUAGAAGGAUCUCCUCUCCGCGUUGCAUAUCAGGUUGUUAGCCGCACUUGUUCCUUUCUCCUGUGAACUACUUCAUCCCAUCCCUAGUCUCACGGUAAUCACUCUCGUUGUGUCUGAAAUCAUUUCAAGGGUGUUCCGGGAGCAUACAGUGAGUCUGCGGCCGCAAAGGCAUAUCCCAACUGCGAAGCAGUCCCAUGCGAGCUAUUCGAAACUGCUUUCGACGUAAGCAGAUACUCAUCUUUUCAAUUAAAUGCCAAUAUCGUGGCUUCUUGGACUUAUUUGUGAGUGAUUCUCUUUUUCAUAACCCAGUCAGAAAGAUUUGAGAUAUACUUGUCUCUCUUGGAUAUCUCUGAUUGGGAACUCAUGAAUGGGAUGAGUUUUGAUGAAUGUGCUUCUAGAGCGCUCUUAUUUUCUCAGGCCUUCUAAAUACCCAUGGGGAUACUCAUGCUGCCCUCUCCGACACCCAUGAUUGUGCAUAUGCUGUCAUCAUACAUCAAAGAGGAGAUGAAUGAGGUGACGGAUCGAACCACAGAAUGGUGGAUAUUGUGCAAAUUUUCCAUGAAUGUAGUCCCCCUUUCAUCACCGAUGUGAUUUGGGAUCUCCCUUCCGUUUUGUCAGAGGGGGACCUUGACUUAAAGAUACUGAAGUAAGAUGUUCAUCGUCACUGAUUUAUUUCAAAUAUAUGUGUUUAAAAUUUCAUAAGGUUGAAAGUAGGAGAAUUAGAAACCGGACUCCAACAAAAAAAGGGAGAAGUAGUACGUAUACCCAAUUCAUUGCUACUUGUUAUGCAGCUGCAAGCACCGAAUUUAUGGCUGCUCUUGUGUUUUGCUUCUCUAUUUAGAGUUCCCAUAAACAGUCGUAAGAGGCCCUGGAUUCCCACAGCGAAUUACAUACAACUCAGUCAUUCUUAUCUAGACUUUGAUGGAAGAUACCUGUUUAAGGUAAAAUUGAUAUGGUACAGCUCAUCCUUGGGAGAAUUCUCCUGGGCGAUUCAAACUUUGAAGGGUGAUUGCCCAGCCUUUUUAAGAAACUUUUUCUUCUUUUUUGAUCAACCAAUGGCAGUUUCCUCUCGUUCAUCUAGUUAAAAAGUUUAUUUGUAUCUUUCUGUAGGCUGUUGAGAGAUUUCUCGUUGAUCGAGCUGUUCUACCAAUUGAGAACUCGCUGGGGGGCAGCAUCCAUCGUAACUACGAUCUUCUACUUAAGUAUAAUCUGCACAUCGUCGGGGAAGUCUAUUUUGCAGUACGACAUUGCUUGUUGGCCAAUCACGGUGUGGAGAUUAACAGCCUGAGGAGAGUCCUCAGUCAUCCUCAAGUAACUUCCUGCUGAAGAUCUCCCACUUUUCCCAGUUUCUUUCUGUAUCCUGCCAUGGAAGCGUUCCUGAUCCGCGAAGACUGUAGGCACUUGCGCAGUGUGAGCAGACCCUGACAAAGCUCGGGGUCGUCAGAGAAUCUGCGGAUGACACCGCCGGUGCUGCCCAGGUGAAGCUCUUGAGUAUCUCUCUAUAAACGACUCUUCUCUUCACAAGACGCAUUCAUGGAUACUCCCCUGAAAUGCAUCUGCAGUAUGUGGCUACCCACAUGCUGCUGGACACAGGAGCUGUGGCUAGCUCCCGGGCUGCUGCAAUCUAUGGCUUGAACAUUCUUUGCCGAGAUAUCCAGGUUCUCGCCAGCUUUCUAUAAGUCCUCCUUCAUCACCUGCUAUAUAUAGUAUCUAACUGUUCUCUCCAUACUCUACAGGAUGAUCCUGAUAAUAUUACUAGAUUUCUGAUGUUGGCCAGGGAACCCAUUAUCCCGGGCAUCGAUAGGUCAUUCAAGGUAAUCUCUGGCCGCCUAUGGAAAGUACUGUUACCCUGGUUCAUUGGAGACAGCGUCAUUUCUUGCUCCAUUUUCAGACGAGUAUAGUUUUUUCUCUAGAAGAAGGGCCCGGCGUGCUUUUCAAGGCACUCGCUGUGUUCUCAAUGCGGGAGAUCAACCUGACGAAGGCAAAUAGUCAAACCCCAUCAUCUGACCUUGGAAAAGUCAACGACUCAGCAUUUACAGGGUGUUUCAUCUGUUUCCAGAUUGAGAGCCGCCCACUGAGGAAGAAGCCGCUGAGGGUCUCCGAUGACGGCAGCAAUGGGUCCCAAAAGUCGGUCCCUCAUUCCAAGAAGUCAAACACAUAGUUCUUAAUAUUUUUUAAGACAAUUAUUUCACUGUUGUAUGGUUGACACAGGUACUUUGACUAUCUCUUCUACGUGGACUUCGAAGCAUCCAUGGCGUCCUUACAUGCCCAGAAUGCCCUCAGACAUCUCAAGGUGGAGGGAGAUCGUGAAACAUAUUUCCAUGGAAAUGCUUCUGGUCCACAAAAAUCAGAUUAUUAUUUUUUUUUCUGAGUUUUUUUCGCUUUAUGCAGGAAAUCGCCACCUUCUUGAGGAUUCUAGGGAGCUACCCGAAGGAUAUCAGCCAGACAUGA